UUAUUUAUAUCUCGAUUUGCUUGUUUGUUUGUUUUUGUGUGCGAGGCUCCUGUGCUGCAAGGCUAUAUAAACCUGUGCUGUGCUGUAUUUAUAGUCGCCGUGCUGUGCUGGGAGUUCAAGCUGCUGUGACGGAGACACUGAUGACUCCAUCUGAUUGGCUGUGCACCAGACUGGGAGCGUCAUGUCUGCAGCUGUGGGAGAACGAAAUGCUGCUGGACUGCACAGUGGCCUGUCCAUAUGGCAAAAUCAUGGCCCACAAAAUUGUGCUGUCAGCUGCAUCCAACUAUCUCAUGAAUCUUCUGCAUGAAAACAAGAGUGAUCAUCCCAUGCUGAUUCUGGAUACAAGCCUUGAUUGCCUGAAGGACUUCAUGAGAUAUGUAUACUAUGGUAUCCUACCACCAGAAGAAAAUGAAGAGUUCUUUGAGCUUGCAUCUAAGCUCAUGCUUCACAGCCGUCCCGAGUUCAAGGAGCUCCGAACUCGCGCCGAACCCGCGGCUGGCGGCAGCCGGGCCCCGGAGCGGGCGUUGGGCGGCAGCCGGGCCCCGGCGCCGGCGUUGGGCGGCAGCCGGACCCCGGCGCCGGCCGCGGUCGGGGAGGCCGCCGAGUCUGCGCCGUCGGACACACCGCGCCGACGCCGAGGCCGGCCCCGUAAGACGGCGCAGGUGGCGCGACAGGAGGACGAGCCGCCGCCGGCGCCGGCCGGGCCCGGCGGCGCGCCGCCAAAGGAGGUGAAUGUUCGGGUCGUCCAUACUCUGGAGCAGCCGCCCGUUGCCGGGGGCGCGGUGGCCGGCCGCGGCCGCUCGGCCGUGUUGGCCAGGGCCGGUGUUCCGGAGCGGCUGUUCGGCGCGGCGUCUCCCGCCGGUCUGGCGGCCACCGCCGGCGUCCCGGACCGGCUGUUCGGACCGGUCCCGACGGCUCCGGCCGCCGGCGGAGCGCCGAGUCCGCAGCGGGAGGACGCCACGGGAGCAGCGGCGGAGUCGGAGCCCGACGACUGGGAGCCGACAGCGGAGCCAGCCGGCGACAGCAGCGGAGCCGACAGCGGCGCAGAGACCAAACAGGAGCGGCGGCUAAGGUCGGCCGCGGCCAGCGACCGGCCGGCGCGCGCCACGGCCAGUAGCGUGCAGUGCGGCUACUGCGGCAAAAUGUGCUGCAACAAGGAGACACUCAAGGUCCACCGUCGCACCCACACGGACGAGCGGCCCUACGCGUGUCCGGUGGCCGAGUGCGGCGCCGCGUUCCGACAGCGCGUCCACCUGCGGAGGCACGCGCAGCUGCUGCACGACGCCGCCGCGCGGCCCGCCAAACACAGCUGUCCCUCCUGCAAACGGGUGUUCCGCCACGAGGCCGGUCUGGAGCGGCACCGGCAGCAGUGGCAGCGCCAGGGACGGCUGUGCCGCCCGGCGGCGCGCUCCGGCGGCCGGCCCAGCGCGGCCGCACGGUUCGCCUGCACCCUCUGCGACAAGAAGUUCGCGGCGCGCGGCGCGUUCGACGACCACGUGCGUGUGCACACCAACCAGCGGCCGUUCGUCUGCUCCGUCUGCCAGAAGGGCUUCAAGCAGAAGUCGCACCUGACCGAGCACGAGCGUAUCCACACGGGCCAGAAGCCGUUCAAGUGUUCGGUGUGUUCGCUGAGCUUCUACAAUCGGAGCCGCUUCAAGAUGCACCAGGUUCAGCACGUGAAUGAGGCGCUGCUGCUGGGUAAAGAGCCGCCGGAACUGGACCCCAAGAACAAGUUUCCCGCGUGCUCCGUCUGCUUCAAAAGGUUCAUCAACGCCAGCAACCUGCGCCUCCACGAGCGCUCCCACAGCAAUGAGAAGCCGCACCAAUGCCACCUGUGCAGCAAGCGCUUCAAGCUGGCCAAGACGCUGACCAAACACCUGGAGGCACACGCCCUGCCCGAAUGGGACGGGGAGGAGCCGGAGGAGGAGGAGGAGGAGGGGGACGGGGAGGGGGCAGAGACCCCCGGCGCGCUGCCGGUCGACGGCGAGGGCGUCAUCGUGCUCCGGGAGGAGGAGGACGGCAGCCUCACCUACGUGCCAGCGCUGCAGCAGGCGGACGCCGACGGACGCGUCGUCCAGGUGAUGCUGAGCGAGGCUGAGGCGGCCGCAGAUGCCGGCGCCGCUGACCAGCUGAUGGCCGACAGCGGCGACAUCAGCUCCAAGUGGGUGGCCGCCUCCGUUCAGGAGAUGCUGCCGGCGGCGGGCGCGGCCGACGAGACGGAGCCGCCGCCGCCGGCCGCGCUGCUGGAGACGGACGGCGCGGACCACUGAGCGAGGCGAGUCCUGCCACUGAGGGAGGCGAGUUCUGCCACAGCCGAGGGAGGGACGGGACAGCGUGCCCAGUCCCCGGCGGCAGGGGGCGAGUCCCGCCACUGAGGGAGUCAGGACCGCCACUGAGGGAGAGACCCCCCCGCCACUGAGGGAAGGGGGACGGGACAGCGUCCCCAGUCCCCGGCGGCGGGGGGCGAGUCCGGACCCCCGAGUGGCCGGUGUCGACACUGGUCACGGCACGCCGACCAGCGUCUCUGUACGGGAUCUCAGCGGCCCGUCCGUGCCACUGUCACCAGCUGCGGCCGCGUGUGGUGUGUGUGGAGCCACUCAGCGGCGCGUCCUGUGACCUGUGGCCUGUGUGGAGCCCUCGUCGACCGGUCUGCCGCCAGAGGAUACCUGACCAACUCCCUAUUCCAUCCACUGCUGUAAGUUUUACGGGAAUAUUACAGCGGGAUACUGGGCGCUGCUUCCCCUCCGACCCGGACGCUGAUCGCUGGGUCCGACUGUCCCGUCAGUUUACAGAGCCGUUUGAUUCAUUUUUUCGUGUCCAAUGAAUUUGUUAGUGCUGUUUGGUGUACUGCCCCCGGUCUAUGUGUGUCUGAAGCUGAUGUCACGGUAGCCGCUCGCGCUGCGCUGAGCGUAUUCACUAUUCAGUCAGGUAUGCGCUCAGCAGGCUACCCGUGGUGACGACUGGCGGGUGACAGAACCAAACGAUCGGAACCUGCCCCGUCACCUACACAACUGGAAAUACACGUCUCAGACGCAA